AUGCAAGCUUAUGAAAAAUUAGAAAAAAUUGGAGAAGGAACAUAUGGGACAGUAUUUAAAGCGAAGAAUCGAGACACACAUGAAAUUGUUGCUUUAAAAAGAGUUCGACUUGAUGAUGAUGAUGAGGGUGUUCCUAGUUCAGCUUUAAGAGAAAUUUGUUUAUUAAAAGAAUUAAAACACACAAAUAUUGUCAGAUUACAUGAUGUGCUACAUAGUGAAAAGAAACUGACCCUUGUGUUUGAAUAUUGUGAUCAGGAUUUAAAGAAGUAUUUUGAUAGUUGUAAUGGUGAGAUAGACCCAGAUGCUGUCAAGUCCUUUAUGUACCAGCUGUUAAGAGGGUUAGCAUUCUGUCACAGUCAUAAUGUGUUACAUCGAGAUUUAAAACCACAAAACUUACUUAUAAAUAAGAAUGGAGAGUUGAAAUUGGCUGAUUUUGGUUUAGCCAGAGCAUUUGGUAUUCCUGUAAGAUUUUAUUCUUCAGAGGUAGUGACACUGUGGUAUCGACCCCCAGAUGUUUUAUUUGGGGCAAAGAUGUAUUCAACAUGUAUAGACAUGUGGUCUGCAGGGUGUAUAUUUGCUGAACUGGCUAAUGCCGGACGACCAUUGUUUCCUGGUAAUGAUGUGGAUGACCAGUUGAAAAGAAUCUUCAAAUUAUUGGGUACACCUACUGAAGAGACUUGGCCUGGCAUUACCCAACUUCCAGAUUAUAAGGUAAAAGAGUCAUUGCCCCUGUCCAUUGGUCAUUUUGAAUUAUUGUCCCUGACUUAG